AGAAAAUAUCUUCUUCUAAUUCUCUCAAUCUGCAAUUCUUCUCUCUAAGCUGCUUAGCAGCAUGAGCUCAACAGAUUGAGCAUUUUAUCAUUCCAUUCCAUAAGUUUCUCAUGGUAUCAAAGCAGAGAUCUCUGUGACGAGUUAGUCUUCCGCGUAGUUAAUUUUUUCUUUCUCAAUUCGAGGAUUCAUCAAUGGCAGAUCUGACAGUUGCUACCUAAGAGCACAAUCAUCCAUUGUACUUGUAAUCUACGGAUACACCUGGUCUUGCUUUGAUUGCAGUUAAGCUCACCGGAUCGGAAAACUAUGGGUUAUGGAGCAGGUCAAUGAGGCAGGCGUUAUUGGUAAAAAACAAAUUAGGUUUUGUUAAUGGCACCUGUGUGAAGAGUUCGUACAAAGGUGAACUACUUGCUCAAUGGAAAAGAUGUAAUGCUGUUGUUUUGUCACGGAUAAGCAGCACUGUUGCACCAAAUUUGUUUACUUCUAUCGUAUAUGCUUUAAAUGCUCGACGUGUCUGGGAGGACUUCAAGGAGCGUUUUGAGAAAUCUAAUCUCACUCGCGUCUACCAGUUAUGGAAUGAAGUUGUUGGGAUUAGACAAGGUACUGAUUCUGUUAUUGAGUACUAUUUGAAAUUGUGUGAUCUGUGGGAUGAAUUAGAUGUGUUAGUUCCUUCUCCCGGGUGCAAUUGUGCUGAAGAUAAGCCUUAUAUUGAACAUUUGCAGCAACAAAGGUUAUUAAUAUUUCUAAUGGGAUUGAAUGAGACAUUUAGUCAUGUGCGCAGUGAUAUUCAUCUAAAACUAAAAACACCUAGUGUUAAUCAAGCUUAUUCGAUUGUAGUUCAAGAGGAAAGUCAGAGAUUGUUAGGUGUAGUGAGAUCUACCAAGGAACCCUUUACCAUGUUAGCAGGUAAGGGUAAUACUUUCAAAGAUGAAAAGAAGCCACAAUCAGGGGAAGCUUGUGAGAUUUGUGGAUACAGAAACCAUGUAACAGCUGACUGUUAUAGACUAGUGGGUUUUCCACCUGAUUUUAGAAGCAAGAAGAAAUUUCCCAUGUCUAGAUCACCACACAUACCAGCUUAUCCUAAUGGAGUCAAUAACUCUAGAACAGGAAAUUACAACCAUGUUGGACCUUCAAGCUUCAGGUCUUAUGCAAAUAAUGCAACAACAACAAAUAAAGGAGAACAGGAACUACAUGAGCUCACUAUUAAUGAUAUUGAGCAGGUUCAUACUUUGAAGCAUAAUAAAAAUGCAAAUGACUUCAAAGCUAAUCUAGCAGGAACCCACUGAAGUUAUUGCAGAUUAUGUCAUUGACCAGCCUGCAGAUAUCCAUGAUGAAGAACCUGUUAUUGUUCCUAGUCCAAAUAUACAGGUGGGGGAGUCUGCAGAUGUUAGAAGAACUGCUAGAUCAGCUAAACCACCUUUGUGGCACAAGGAUUAUGUUCUGUCUAAAAGAACUAAUGUUGCUUGCUUCUACCCCAUUGAUGAUUACAUCACUUAUGCUGGUAUGAGUGACUCUUACAACUCCUAUGUUGCAGCAUUCUCUGCACAAGUAGAACCUUCUUUAUUCAAGGAAGCUUCUACUUGUCCUCACUGGAUUGAAGCCAUGAAAGAUGAAGUUCAAGCCUUGGAACAGAAUAAGACAUAGAUACUGGUUGAUUUACCUAUUGGUAAAAGAGCUAUUGGUUCCAAGUGGGUGUAUAAGGUAAAACAUAAAUCAAAUGGUGAAGUUGAAAGAUAUAAGGCUAGGUUGGUAGCCAAAGGCUACAACCAACAAGAAGGACUGAAUUAUCAUAAGACUUUCUCACCUGUUUCCAAAAUGGUAACUGUGAGAACUGUCAUCAGCAUUGCUGCAUCUCAUAACUGGCCAUUAUUUCAAAUGGAUAUUCACAAUGCAUUUCUCCAAGGUGAUCUUACUGAGGAUGUUUACAUGGAGGUGCCUUAGGGUUUCCAGAGACAGGGGGAGAAUAAAGUAUGUAAACUGCUUAAAUCUUUGUAUGGACUCAAACAAGCAUCUAGGCAAUCGAAUCUUAAACUUACUGAAGCUCUAAUAGAAACAAAUUAUGUACAAAGUGCCUAUGACCACUCUUUGUUCAUUAAGAGAAAGGGAAAUAAGAUAGUUGUGGUAUUAAUUUAUGUAGAUGACCUACUUAUACAGGAAACAACAACACAUUGAUUCAGGAGGUUAAGGUUGCACUACACAACAGUUUCAAUAUGAAAGAUCCUUGUGAUCUCAAGUAUUUCCUUGGGAUUGAGGUGCUGAGGUCCAAGACAGGAAUUUUACUAACUCAAAGAAAGCUUGCAUUAGAGCUUAAUGCGGAGACUGGCUUGAGUGGUGCCAAGCUAGUUGCUACACCUCUAGGCUAACAUCAAGCUGACUACAGUUGAAUUUGAUGAGUGCACUGGCAACACAGGUGACUCAAUAUUUAGAGACAUCACUGCAUAUCAGAGACUAAUUGAGAGAUUGCUAUACUUAACCACUACAAGACCUGACAUAAACUUUGUUGUACAAUUACUGUCACAAUUUAUGCAGAAGCCAAAGGUAUCACAUUAGGAGGCAGCCAUGAGAUUAGUGAGGUAUAUCAAAGGUUGUCCAGGACAAGGAAUAUUACUAAGUGGGAUUCCUAGUACACAACUUCAAGCAUUCUGUGACUCUGACUGGGCAGAAUGCCCUAACAGCAGAAGAUCAGUGACUGGAUAUAUGGUGAAACUAGGGAGAUCACUCCUAUCAUGGAAGUAAAAAAAGCAACACACUGUAAGUAGAAGUUCAGCUGAAGCUGAAUAUAGAAGUAUGACAGUUGUUGUGUCUGAAGUAAUAUGGCUUACAGGGCUCUUGAAAGAGUUGAAUAUGAACAUUGAAACACCUGUCAGGAUGCAUUGUGACAGCAAGGCAACAAUCCAAAUUAGUGCUAAUCCCAUCUUUCAUGAGAGGACUAAGCACAUUGAGAUAGAUUGUCAUUUUGUUAGGAAAAAAAAAUCAAAAGUGGUUUGAUCAGUACAGAACAUAUUGGCACUAAGGAGCAGCUUGCAGACUUGCUCAGGAAGUAUUGAAUGUAUACACAGACUCCAUCUUGAGGGGGAGUAUCAGAAUAAAUGCAGCAGUUAGUAGAAGUUAAACCUACACAGUUAGUUAACAGCACCUACUUACAUUGCUUAGCUGUCACUUAGUUGAAUAAGAGUAGUUAUCUGGUGAGGUGCAAUACAUGUUAAGCUUGUAUAGGUGCACUAGUAUAAAUAAAGCAAUGUACUAAUCAAUUGAACAUAAUAAGAAAAUAUCUUCUUCUAAUUCUCUCAA